AUGGUCACUACUUGUUCAGUGAAAGGCUGUAAAUCCAAGGCGGGUCAAGGUAUUAAGUUUCACAGACUUCCUAAAGGCGAAAUUCGAGAAGCAUGGAUCACAUUCCUUAGGAAAUACAAUCCUCAUUCCAUGGCAACAAGUCUUAGCACCAGUAUUUGUGGGCUUCAUUUUAAAACUGAUUCGGAUUAUGAAAUUACACCUUCCAGUGUUUAUCAAACUAAACGUUUAAAAAAAAAUGCUAUACCUAGUGUUAUGCACCAAAAUAUUGGUAGACCAUUAGUUAACAAGUCAAAUCAGGAAUUUAACUGUAUUCCUGAUCAUGAUGCAGAAGAAGAAGUUGUUACUUUAUCAUUGUCAGAUUUAAUUGAUUUAAAUGGACUACCGGAUGUACCACCCGCUAUACCUAUUGAAUUUAGUACAGAAAAUAUUGUAUGGUCAACUGUUCAAAAUGCAAUAACAGUUUCACCUCCACCCGUUGUACAAAAUAUAAAUGAAAUUCCAAGUGUGCUUUAUACUGUUCAAAAUGCAAGUACAGUUUCACCUGCACCCGUUGUACAAAAUAUAAAUGAAAUUCCAAGUGUGCUUUAUACUGUUCAAAAUGCAAGUACUGUUUCUCCUUCGACCGCUAUACAAUAUAGAAAUGAAAUUCCAAGUGUGGUUGUACAAAGUACAGUUGGAGACAAAUGUUUAAGUCCAAAUAAUAAAAGAAAGUGUUUUAUGGGCGAUUUUAAACACAUAAGUGAUAUAGAUAGCCCUAACAGCAGACUAAAAUAUUGGAUUGCUUCACAGUCAACUGUGACUAAACAGAAAAAAAGAAUUAAAUUUUUACAUAAGCAAACAGUGGAAUUGAAAAAAAAAAUAAAGAAUUUAGAUAAUUUAGUAGAUCAACUAAAAAAUGAAAAAAAAAAUGGAAAAAAAAAUGAAUCGAACAAUUGCAUUACAGUUCUUAAGAUUCUAUCGAUCAACCUUUGUGAAGGUUUCAGUAGAUGGGAGGGGACUAGUAUGGUUGUUCAGUGUUUCUAUUUCCUAUUUAUCUUCAUGGAAGUUAACAGGAAUAUUAUGGUCCCUAAUUGA